GUAUGGUAAUUGUCAUCUCCAAUAUCAACAGCAGUAUGUUUUGACAAGCAAUACAAACUAAACUUUUGUUUUUUGUAAGAGAGUUGCAGAAUUUUGUUGGAAGUAUAAAUAUAAAACGCAAGUGAUUUCUUUGAUUUCAUGUUAAGUGUUUUGAAAAUGUUGCAAAGUUCAGUUGAGACUUCAAGAAUCCUUAGCAAUACAGUGUAAAUAAAUAAAAAAUAAAAAUAUGUACAAGGAUAAAUAAAAAAGAAUAUCUUACAAAGAUGGUGUGAGUUAAGAGCAAUUCACAUAUCCGAAAAUAAAGAAGGAAACAACCACAAAUCCUUUCGUGCAGUUUCUGAAAAAAGAAAUAAGUAUUAUAAGCAGUUCUUGUUUUACAAAAUGGUUAAAAUACUUCAGGCCUACAAUUUUGCCAAGCAAAAUACGUUUGCUUUGAAUGGAGAAAUAUUGUCGGCUACACUAAUUGAUUCGAAUCGUAUUGCCAUAAGUAGUGCUGAGCAAUUUAUUGAGAUCUAUGAUAUUGUCGAUAGACAACGUCAUGUUCCAGAAGAUAAAGACACAUUUCCUACCGGGGAUGGUACAGCUCCUAAUAGUGCUGCUGAAGUAGUACAAACAUCGAGUGUCGCAACCAACAAUUCGUCAACCAACGUUGGAAACAAUGAUGAGAAAUCUCCCAAUAAAUAUACAUUAGCUACAGUUGGUGAAGUUGUUAACUUAAUAUAUUGUGAAUCAGGAAAAUAUUUACUCACAUUAGAAAAGGAAACUGUUGGCAGUCCAGUACAUGCAACGACAUCGAGUAUUAGCUGCACAAGCAGCAGCAACAAUGCCAAUGUCUUCACCGAAGACGAAACUAAAAUGUUUGUGCGGAUUUAUGCUAAUUUUUGGAAAUUUUCGGAAUCGAAAUUAAUUGAUCUGCCCAUUACCAUACGCAUUGCGUCGAUGACCACACCAAAGGCUCCACUAGUGAAAAGUAUUGAUGUAAUUGAACUGCCACUGCGUAGUCCACCUGAUUUAAUACAAUGUUGUCAGACAUCUGGAAACAUUAUUGUCAGCAGCAAGGAACGUAUCUAUCUCUAUGAAUACACUCAAUGUGUUCACGAAAGUACUCAGCCUCGUUUCAAGUACAUUGACUUUUUGCCGUUCAAAUUUUUCGUCAAUCUCAACUUCGUACCACUUAAGUUAAGUUUGGCCGAAAAUGUUAUAGCCUGCAUGAACAGUCGUUAUUGUGUGGCAUUUCGUGUGAUUGACGUCCUUGCCAGUAAUGCGUGUACAGCGGGAGAAGGUGGUGCUGGUGGCACAAUGUUGUACGGUGAAGAUUUUGAACACAUAGAAAACCAUAUUGAAAUUGAUGCGGAAGAGAUUGCUUUAAAUUCAGAAUCCAGUUUGAACAGCAAGACCAGUGCUGGUCCAUCUUCACACAGUCACAAUAGUUUUGAAACGGACUCUUUGGAAACAACCGCAAGCGGUCGACCAAUGAAUGGCUAUCCCGGCCGAACACCAAUAGAUUUCAAUGUAGCACGUAUGGUAAAUUCGGCUUGCGGACGAGAGUUUGAGGUUGACAUAAGGUCACAAUGGGAACAAAGUGAUGUCGAUGGCAACAGUGUCAAAUCGAAUAUACCAUGCGAUACCCAGGAAAUUAUUAUUGGACCAGCCAAAGCCAAUGAAAUUAAAAUAAAACUUGUUAAUGAGGCUAAGGCAAUGAAUGUCCAGCGUAUUUCGAGUAACGGAAAAAUUGUGUCGGCAUAUAGCGAGGAAAGUGCAGUACAAUACGAUAUUCGAAAAUUAUUGCAAAUUUGUAUGAAGACUUCAGAGCCUGGUGGGGGGAGGGUUGUUGAUAUCUUGCGUUGCAUGGAUUUAAAGGCCAUUUACCAACGUACUGAUAAUGAAUCGGACGAAAUCGAUGAUCCCGAAUAUGAUAUGGGUAAUCAACAGGUACCGGGUGCAAUUUCAACAUCCAAACACAUUAAUAGGCGAACUUUAAAAUCUCCUCGUCACCAAAGUUGCAUUGGUUUUGCCCUACUUGUGGCCAGUAGUGUCGACGGUUAUUUGUAUCAGUUCUGUGCUCAGGGCAAGUGGUACAAUGAAAAUGAAAAACCCAUAGCAACUUACUCCUUCACAGCGCCUGUACUCCACGUAUAUAUAAAUGAUUAUGUCAUCUAUGCUAUAACUACAGAAUCGGUAGAAACGCAUACAUCACGCAUUGGACACAAGCUUUUUAAUAAUCGCUUUGAGUAUCCUUCAUUAGCAGAAUUAUUCCCCGAGGAGUCUAGUCCGGAUGUAAAUGCCCCAAUUGCUGUCGUAGGUCUUUCUUCAUUCAUGCACGUCCAAUAUGUGUGUGUGAAUCGUAAUAAUGUAGUUUUAAUAAGCAAUGGGGCCCUGGCCUCGACUGCAAAUGAAACAGCAGCGAAGCGUAGAAGUACUGGGGAAGGAAAGAAAAAUAUAGCUGCUCGACUUAUUGCCGAGGCAAAGGCAAAGCAUAGCCUAUUGCGAAGCAGUCACGCUAAUCAAUAUUCUGUAACAAAUGAAUGGACUCUAUAUAAUUUGGAGGUACCUGCUGUAGAACAAAUUGUUCUAGACCUGGAGGUUAUAGCCGAGACAUAUCGUACCGCUAGUAGCUCCAACUUUUAUGAUCUGAUGGAGGAGGCUCAUGCAAUGUUGAGAAUGAGUAUUUCAUUGCAAUUUGAGAAGUUGACCGAAGAAAGAGAAUCUCUGCUGCGUGGCAAGUUCAUGGAAAAUUGCCGAAAACUGGCAGAUUUUUCCAUUAGAUCAAAGAAAAAAGAAAUUUAUAUGCAAGCAUCCGGAUUCUACAAAAUGUGCAACUUGUCGCUGUCUGAGAUAUAUGGAAACUAUAUAAAUAAUUUUCUUUACAUGGACGAGGAGAAUGGGGAGGUAAUGAUUUCACCUGUCACUCCUGGCGAUGAUGCAUCGUCCACAAUUGAAUCUCAGCAAUUAGCCGGACUUAUUUACACCGUGAAAUUGUUUUUGCUGAGUUUGGGUACAAGUCGUCUGAAUGCGUCGUUUCUUAAUCAACUCGUCAAACCAUUCUUUACACCCAGCCGGGUGGUAAAGCAGGGAUUUACACAUGUCCCCCUGUCAUUAGAAUUUCUUAACCUCUUUAUAAAAUAUUCACCCAACGAUAUAGCACAGAUAAUGCUUAGCUCCCCCGUAGUGGCUGAUUCCAUAAGUGGUGAAAUAAUAAAUUAUUUAAAAUUUCUGGAUCAUUUAAGCGCCGAAGAUAAUUUGUUGUUUGCGGUUACAGCUGCGCGCAUGUCUAACUACAUUUUGUCUCAAGAGGUUAUUUCUCGUACGAAUAGACAUGAUUUAGCUAUAGCGCUAAUGAAGUAUAAGAAUGUACUUUUCGAUGACACCACAACAUUGUAUCAAAAACAUAAACGCAACAAAACCAAUGAUUACAAUAACUAUAGUUCUCCGAAGCGUUAUCAACAACAGACCCAAAAACAACAGACAAAACAAAAAUUGUUGCCAAACACCAAUGGACAGCAGCAAACAAAUGAAGUUAUUCUCUUUUCUGAUUUCACUGAGACAAUCCUUUUGGCAACUGAAAAAGUCGAACUUAUCGAAGCGAUAAGUGAUGUAUUUAUACAUGCUUUGUGUGUGGAGCAUAGCAUAACACUGGACGUUAUUCUAACAUUGUUCUUGAACUACAUUGCAUCUCACAUCGGACAAAAGGGAUACCAAACCUCGCAAAAAGUAUUUGUUAAUAUAUUACAGGUUUUUUACUAUGAUAUGUUUGAUGUAAACCCGCUAAGUACUGCACAAGACGGGCCAAGCAAUAACACACCUCCUCAUACGGACGAUGAAUAUGACGACGGGUUUUCGAAGCCCAAUAGUGACCGUGACAGUGAAUCACUCGCUAAUUCAAUUGGAGAGAGUAAUUCUGCCGCUAGCUCUUCUUUAGACGACAGGCGCGUAUCGGGACAAUGCAAUCGCAUUGUGUACGAUCAAUUACAGGAACAACAAUCACCCUUUAAACGAAAUUCAAAUGCCUCGCCUCUUAAUACCGAAGAACAACAUAACGAUGUGGAAAUCAAUAGCAAAGGUCUUAAAAUUCUAUUUCGCAUGUAUAUGGGUCGUCUAAAGGCUUUAAGUGACUUGAUCACCGACCUACAAUCAGCCGAUUUAGAACAACAGUCAAUAAAUGAAGAUUUUCUCAGUUUGCGCAUGGAAUGCAUUGCAUUUAUGAAUCGACAUUUACAAGAAAUGAGAACUCAACAGCAACACUUGAAUCUGAAUAAGGCCAAUGUACUGUAUCAUGGAAAGGGAGCUACCAUUGAAUCAAAAUCGGUUUGUGUACCGCUUCUUCCAGAUUAUAAAUUAAGUGGUGAUGAUUUUGAUCGGCAUAUAAAAUCGUAUGUGAGACCAAUACCAUGUCUUUUGGAACGGCCACAAUAUCUAAAUCGCUUGCCACCGUUUAGGCGAGGAGACUUUAGUUAUCCGAAUAUAGAUGAUGGUGAAACAGAAGUACGUUUUGUAGGCUGGCACAAUGAAUUAUUGACCUUAACGUUAAAGAUACAGUCAUUGCUGGCUUCACCAAAAAUUGAACAGGACAUAAUAGAGGAAUUUAUUGCAUUCGUACAAAAAACGCCGAAUCUUAUGGGUAUCGACAGUUUUUUGGUAAUAAUAUUACCCAAGCAUUUGGCAAUUAACUACAUGCUACACUUUUGUCCGGAGUAUUUGUGGCAGUAUGGAAAGUCUAACCAUUUCAGUCCUAAACAAUGGGAAUCACUUUUUAAAAAGAUUUUAGCAAAAAAGGAUCUCUUACCGAAUUGGAAAACGUAUGUUACAGAGAUACUUAAUAACUUAGUCGCUGAUUGCAAUUUUGAGGAAUUGUUACAAUGUUUUCCUAACGAGGUUAUACCCAACAGGAACGCUGAAUUGUGGAACAAGGAGUUUAAGAAUGAAUGUAUUACUUCUAUAGAUACCAAUAAUGGUGGUCUUGUAUUUGAAGAGGUUAAUGAUAAUAUAAUUAAACGUGAUCACAUGCCCAUGGACAAUGUGGACGAAAAUAAUGUAUUUGAAGUGAUAUUACGUAAAGCCGUCUCCAAACAGCGCAGUAUUGCUUUGCGUUCCAUGAUCGAGUCAACUGGAAAACAAUUAUUCGAUGCUACCAGUAAUCCCAUGUAUAAUCUCUAGACUCCGCGUUUUCAUGAAAUCUGAUAAACUUGAAAAAAAUUAUAGUGAAUUUAAAACAAUUUUUAAAGGUUGUGUUACAACGAAUGAUUUUGUGUAAUCUCCGAAAAGACAACAAUAUGUUUAUAAAGGACACAGCUUAGUCAUUCCACGUGAUCUCAACUAUUUAGAAUAUAUAUUGAAUACUAACAAUAUCAUAUUCGCUAUAUACGACAAAUUAACGAUUAUAUUGUAGUUAGAUAAACGAUUUUAUUAGACGUUUCUGAAAGUAGAUUUAAAAAUGUUAACUUUCAAGUAUAUAUCGCAAAUUAAAGUCAUUUGAUUUGUAGUUUACUCACUGAUAUUCUCGUAAUCGACGCCGCGAAGCCGCAUAUAAAACCAGAACCAAAUCAAAUCUUACAAUAAAAAAAAAAAUGAAGGCUAACAGAUAUUUUAACAAUUUGGUGUAUGGGUGUGGGGCACAUGGUGCCAGUAUUAUUCACAGAACUUUUUUUGAUUAAAAACAAAUUAUCCGGAGUCGCAUAGAUAAACAUACACAUAUGCACCAUAUUAUUAAUUGAUCUUAUGAUUCUCAAACUUUAUAGAAAUUAUAAACAAAUAAAUAUUCAUGUAGAACAUUUUCUUCAUACAUUUACACGCUUAUAUUAUGACACUAUCGGUAACGCUUUAUCUUUAAUUACAAUAAGGACACAUGGCACAAUUUUUACUCCUAGUUUUGGUGAUUUAUCCAUUUGUUUUAUCCAUUGAAACCAAUUCCGAAAUAUUUACAGUUAUAGUAAGCAUUUGGUCUAAUUUUUUUUUUUAAUUAUUAAAUUGGUCUCAUUAGGCACAUAGUGUCUAUACUUAUUGAAUAAAGAUCACAGAAAGUCAUACCAAUUUAUUUGCAUUAUGGCCAAACGUUAUGAAUUAAUACUCAUUUUUUAUUUUUUAGAAUUAAUCUUAGUUUUUAUGAAUGAUCAUUUCAAACUGUUAAUAUACAUUUAAAAAUAAUUUUUCUUUACACAUUUAAUAAAGUGAUAUUUCAUUCAGAUA